AUGGAACACCUAGCCAUGCGCUUCUUCUCGGUCGACCACCUGAACAUUAUUCUUCGCGAUUAUCAAUCGUCUGCUCGCUUCCAUCGCUUCCUCACCCAAUAUCGACCCUAUACGCUUCCAUCACUCGAGAGUUAUGUCGACACGCAAAAAGCCGUUGCUGCUAUAGAAUACGCCAACUCGCUCGCGGACAACCUACCCUCGCUGACCGGCGACAUCCCGAGACCGGCAGCCGUCAUGGAAAAGAGGUUUGAAGAGCGGUCGCGCCUGGUGGUGCAAGAGCUGGUCGACGAUGCGUUGCCAGCAUAUCUAACACACCGACUCGUUACAAUCGUGACAGACAGCCUUGUCAAGGAGAUCACUGGCAACAUCGCGCCCAUCCUGCGUGAUCUGAUUCCCUCGUUGGCCGAAGUUUACUGCAUCAGCGACCCCUCGCUACCCGACAAUCCCAUCGUCUAUGCCUCGGAAGCCUUCUACGACAUAAGCGGUUAUCAGAAGGACUUUGUGAUUGGCCGCAAUUGCCGCUUCUUGCAGGGUCCCAAGUCAUCUUCGGCCAGCGUACAUCGAUUGAUAGAAGCUUUGAGAGCCGGUCAAGAGAUUACCGAAACACUCCUCAAUUAUCGUCGAGAUGGUAUACCCUUCAUGAACCUCCUCUUGAUCGCACCGCUGUACGAUAACAAAGGCAGCGUGCGAUACUUUCUCGGUGCCCAAGUCGACGUCUCACAUCUGAUAGAAGGCGGCAAAGGCAUCGAGAGUUUCGAAAAACUUCUGGCCAACGAUCGCGCUGAGGAACGAUACCGUGGCCGGAGCAAUCGCAAGCCGACGCAAGUGUUGGGCGAGUUGGGCCAGAUGAUGAACGACGACGAGUUGGACGCCAUUAAUACUCGCCAACGCAGUCAGUCGCGCAGCUCGACGCCAGCUACCUCGUCGCGUAAUCCCAUUCCUAUCCGACAUGGCCGCAAAGUCUUUGGUAUGGACGACUCAUCCGAACAUGGACUGUGGCCCCACCCUUCUCUCGGUCCCUCUGGGCGUCUGCCCGGUGUAUACCAGAACUAUCUUCUCGUUCGACCAUAUCCAUCUCUGCGCAUCACAUUCACUUCUCCCGCCCUUCGAAUUCCAGGUCUGCUCCAGACAAAGUUUAUGGAACGGCUUGGAGGACCUCAGGAGGUCCGCGACGGUGUACUCGAUAGUCUUUCCCACGGUACCCCUGUGACAGCAAAGGUGUCCUGGCUCUCGACGCCAUCACAGCCCGGCAGCCCUCAUCGAAACAGCAUCGAAGGAAAGCCACGUUGGAUUCACUGCACACCAAUGCUCGGCAGUGAUGAGAAAGUCGGUGUCUGGAUGGUCGUCAUGGUAGAGCAAGAAGUCGUGACUGGCAAUCUGACCCGGCCAACAGAGGUUAUCAACACCUUCCCCUCGCCACCUCCCAACGUUAUUGGCAGGUCAUCGCUCGACACUCCUGUUAGAGGCGGAGAGGGAGCGAGGAGUCCGAGGUUCAAGGCUGAGACUGGCAAACUGUAUGCCGAGUACUUGCGGCGCGAGGGAAGGAAUGACAUGUCUCAUGGAGGGAUUGCGGAUGAGCGGAGCGGUAGUCCGAGGGAGGCGAGACCGUUCCAGGACUUUUGA